CGCGGCUGCUGCGGCGGCGCGCCGCGUCGUCGGUGUUAUCGGUCGAUCGGUCGGUGGGGUACGCGCAGUAGGCGGGCGCUCGACAAUCGCACAGUCAAAUACGAUGAUCGCCGAGCUAUUAUGCCUUUGUUAUUGUCCGUACCCGUCGGUGACGCUAGGUGUAUAGUAAAUACUACCAGUUUGGUCCCGACGCGCACCAAAGACGGCGACAAGAACUCAGGCAGAAUGCCCAACAUUAAGGUAUUUAGCGGCACGUCACACCCGGACCUGGCCCAGCGGAUCGUCGACCGAUUGGGCAUCGACGUCGGCAAGGUGGUCACCAAGAAGUUCAGCAACCUCGAGACAUGGUAACUGAACAUCGCCCGGUUUGCCGCGCAAUUCCGUCAGUGCAGAACUGGUUUCGUUCAUUUCAUUCCCGGUUUCCGUGUCCAUUUCGGUCGAUUGAUCGUCUGUUGUCUUAUCGAUUCCUCUUUUCACAUUUACCCGCUUGCGUAAUAAUAUACUCGAAGGGGAAAAUUACACUGCCUUGCGUUUCGUUGUUUUCCGGGACAGUUUUCAUUUUUUUUUGUUUUCGUUUCAAUUAAUUUUUUAUGAAUAUGUUAGGUUAGGAAAAUGAUCCAAACCCGGUCAAACACGUGUUAGGAUGCGCGCGUUUUACCGUCCACCGUCCGCCCGUCGCCCAUUCAAACACCACCAUAACUAUACGGUUAACUACUAACCGUGUUUCACAAUUCAUUAUUGAGCACAAUAUUAUAUUUUUAAUUCUAAAAACUGUCUGUUAGCAACACGAGUGACUUUCGAGUUGGUCAUAAGUAUAAUAUAAAAUUAUUCUCUGUCACCUGUUGAUUUCUUUUAUUGGGCAGAUAAUUUUGUGCCUUUUUUUCAUAAUUUGUACUCGAUUGAUAUUAUCUGCUAGUAUUACUUUAUAAAAAUUAAUAACAGCUCGUGAAAACAACCUCGGCUUAUUACUAUAUUUUGCUAGAUACUUUCCCUUGUAAACGUCCUUACUGACGACUCAUUAUGGCCAAACCCUGGUGUACACUCUACUGCACCCUCUGACAACUUACAGGUUAGGUAUCCUCUAAUUAAUUGUAUUUUAAUUUAUGUUAAAUUGAUGUUAUAUUUUUACCAACAAAUGGUGCUCAUGGAGGAGGGGAAAAGAACAGUAAUGUGCAAAUGUGUUUCCCCGUGAGUAAUUAAAAAAAAAAGUUAUCUCCAAUUAACUUCAGCAGUCCCUGGUGGCUUGUUAAAAGCCCUUUGAUAGUGUACAGCCGCCUUGGAUGGCUUAUUACCAGCCUAUCGAUUAUGUUUAUAUCUUCACAGAAUUCACAUUCAUGAACUUAUCAUAAUCAACUUUAAUCAUAUCUAGUAUUGUAUUAUACUCUUAUUAGUUCAGUUAUUUACUUAACCCAUCUACCUCUUACCAGAUUCGCUUGAAUCAUUUUCAUUGCCUUCUGUGAGAUUUCUUGGUAGUGUAAUCCGAGCAGGUAUCUAUGUUUAUUUGUUGUUUUCCAUUAAUUUUUUAAUUAAUGUGCACUAAUUCAACUUUACAAACAACGCAUACUUAAACAUACAAUCUGAUAUAGUUUAUACUCUCAUCUAUUUUUUAUUUAUAUAGUAAUCAAAGCCACCUACUACCCUCGAUAGACAGAGGCAUAUUGAACUCUCUGUCAUUGUUAAUUUCUAAUAUAUAUAAGCAGUAAAGAGGUAUUUAGUAGAGGUUAUACUAAAUAUUUACAUUUUGUAUUAUUAUUUUAUGAUUAUUUAUUUUUUAUUAGUACUUACAAUUAUAAUUAAAUCUUAAAAAAAAAAAUUAUACAUUUAAAUUUAUAGGUACCAAUUUAAUUUCAUGUUGACCCUGAAUAUACAUAUAAGGAUCCAUAUUUAAAUGUGUGAUUUAAAUACAUUGUCCUCUUUUCUUUUCUUUUUUUUUAGCACUUUUGAUUGCCUUAUAUUAUUAUUAAUGUUUAUAUUGUUCUUUAAAAGGUCUCUUUGAGUCUAUUAAAAGAGAAAAUUCUUCAAAUUUAAAUAUUUUGUAUUAAUAUGUUUAUGGUAAAAUUAAACAAUUUGUAAACUUCAUUUUUUUAUAAAAUCAAUAUAAAUAAUAUUGUGACCAAUUAAAGCACAGGAUACAUAAAUAGGUAGAAAUGUGUUUGACUACAUUCAAUGUGUUUUGACCAUUCUCAUCAUAAUAGUGCAAACAAUUAGGUGGUUGGACUAGAAAUCGAACCAGAGUCUUGUUUUCGGGACAACUGCUCUAUCAACUGAGCUAUCUGCAAUCUUUUAUAAUAUUAUUUUCGCUAGACUUCAUCGGUCUAACUUUGUGGGUUUGGGAGAAUGGUGGAGUGAUUAUCUGUAUGGUUAAGGGGACAAUGCAGUGCUAUAUAUCACAUUCAAUAAUGAAAUAGCUACUUUAUACAUUUUAUUUUAAACUACUAGAAUUUACUUAAUAUAAUUUUUUUUAAAUUUUAGUGUACCUAUAGGUAACAUUAGUUCUAUGUAAUUCUUUUUCAUCUUAGUCAUAUGGUAUUUUAUCUGUAAUUUUUAUGUUGUUUUAAUCGAGUUUUAAGACUUACUUUAACCCAUUCUCAUAAUGCUCAGUUAGGGCUAACUAGUUGUUAAGUUUGUUGCAAACCGGUAAAAUUGUGUAGAUUAAAUUAAGUUAAUUUAAUGCUAAACAAUACUAUGUACAUUGAAUGAAUUAGACUAAAGUAAUUUUGAAUAAAUCUCUAUAAAUAAUAUUUAUUAUUUUUUAAUUUUAGUGUUGAAAUUGGAGAAUCUGUCAGAGGAGAGGAUGUUUAUAUUAUACAAAGUGGUAGUGGUGAGGUUAAUGACAACUUGAUGGAACUUUUAAUUAUGAUCAAUGCUUGUAAAAUAGCAUCUGCAUCGCGUGUAACUGCUGUUAUACCAUGUUUUCCAUAUGCAAGGCAAGAUAAAAAGGAUAAGGUAAGCUGUUAAAAAUUAAUUAUUACUUAGGUAUAUAAAGUUUUAACUAUUUUAAACUUUUUAACUAUAAAUGUAGUUGAUACUCAACUAUUACAUUUACAAUAUGUAUUUGUGAAUAUUUGUCAUUUCUAUUAAAAAUCAUAACUACAAUUCAGUAUUUCUGUAUAAAUUUAGAUGUAACCUAGUGGUUUCUAUUUUCACAUACAGAUCCUGCGGAAAUUUGACAAAUUCAAUAACUUGUUUUCUGUUCAAUAUUUUAAAGUUUUUCUUCUUUUGAAUAUUUACUAGAGCCUUGCUCAGUGCUUUAAGAUUCAUAUGUUUCACAUAUUUUUUUUUAAACUAAAUAAAAAAUUGCCAUUUUAUUCAUAAUCCAAGAUAGACAUUUUAUACAUUUAUUUUAAAACAAAAUGUUGAUAUUACAAAUGUUUACUAAUUAUGAAUCAUUCAAUUUUACAAUUGUUUAUAGUUAUAAUUUAAAUGGUUUCCAUUACCUCUAAUAACUAAUAUAAAUUGACUCAUCAAUUUUUCCAUGCAAAAUGAUCAUAUUAAUAAUUUUUGUCAACUUCAAAAAAUUAUAAAAACAUGGCGAUUCAUUAUUACCUAGUAAAUAUUUGUAAUUAAUACCAACAUUUUAUUUCAAACUAUAUUUUUAAAAUGGCAAUCUUGGAUUUUUGUAACAAUUAAACAUUUUUAUUUUUAGUUUUAAAAAAAAUAGAAAAGAAUAAUUAUAGUAUAGACUUAGGUAAUUAUUACAAGAAAAGAAAUAUCAAACAAAAUAGUUAUUGUAUUUUUCCGAUCUCUGUAGGACCCACUGUUACUAUAUACCUUAUUACCUAUUUAAUUUUUUAUGUUAAUAUUAAAUCUUUUUUUUACUUAAUUUAUUAAUCUCAAUUUUAUUUUAUUUAACUUGAUAUUUUUAAAUAUUACAUACACAAAUGGUUUAUUUAUAUAUAGGUAAACUUAAUAUAAUAUAUUAAGUUAGUUAAUUUUAAAUAUAUUAAUAAGUAAAUACUAAUACUCAAUAGUAAAUAACAAUAGUAGAUCUUAGAUAUAUAAUACCAAUUGCAAUACUAUAUAGUAUAUUAACUGAAAUCUAUUACAAUGCAAAUUUUCAUAUUUAAAUUUUAAAUGACACAUCAUUUUUUUACCAUCUCAACAGCUAUUUUUUGGAAGGAAUAAUAAAAAAUAUUUUUCAGAACCUAUGGUUUUUUUUUGUUUGUCAGAUUUGAAAUUUAGCAAAUUAUAUGUCGCUGAAAAAUGAAAUGUACCAAGUGUGUUAUAAGUUCUGUAAUGUAAUGGUUUUAUUUAUGUAACUCAAAUACAAUUGUAGUUAUAAGUGUACAUAUGUAUAUAUAUUUAAAAAAUGAAAAAUUGGUAGUUUCUUAUCAAUUAUUCUUGGCAGUCUUUUUUUUUUUUUAUACAUAUAUGUACUAUAUACUGAUAUAUAUUUUCUUCAAAAUUUCCAUGUGCCAAUUAACUAUUUCUUUUUUUUUUUAUAUAUACUUAAAUAUUUCUAUUUCCUUAUAUUACUUGCUUAAUAUUAUUAUUUGAAUUAUAACUUACUUAUUAAUCAUUUUUCGCUGUUCAUGCUGUAAACAAAAGAAUGGCGACAUCCCCGAGAAUGGCAAUAGUAGAUCAAGGGCGACCGUCAAGUGCAAUGAAUGGAAGUUUCGGGUAUAGUUUAUUAAUCAAUGAAAAAUUAUUACAUUUUACUUAUCUGGACAUUAUUUUACUAAAUUCAUAAAUUUAUGGGAUAUACAAAAUAAUUACGCAUUUUUUGGGUAUUUUAUGUUUUGGAAUGACCGUUUAAAUGUGCAAUUAUUGAUGAAUAUGUCACUGGAUUACUAUUGUAGUUGUGCCAUUAAAAGCCCCUGCUCUCCUUUUAUGAAUUUUUUUCACUACUUGUUAAUUUCACGCAGAUAUUAUAAUAUAUUUAAAAAUAUUUUGUUAAGUUCAAUAAGAUGUAUUGGAUGUCACGUAGUGUCGCAAUUAAUUUAAUACAGGCUUUACUAUUUAUAAAAAGGUGUGAAAAAUUAGGAUAGCUGCCAAAAAGUAACUAUUAUGUUAUAUUAUGUUACUAAUAUUAAUGCUUCAUUCUUAAUGUUUUUUUUUUUAAAUUUAACACACAUUAUAAAGGUUAACCAUUUCAUGUUAUGCUAUAUAUAAUUAUUAGCCAAAUGGAUAAGUUUGUGAUAGUCAUUUUUGAGCUUAGCAUGUAUACUUCACAUAAUGUUUAAAAUAUUUAUUUUAUCAUAAAAAUACUUUGAUAAUCAAAUAUUUUCUUUUUAAUUUUAAUAAGCAUGCAUAUUUAAAUACAAUUUUCUUGUUUUAUUCAUAAAUAUUUUAGGUUUUAUAUAAAUCAUAGAGUAUUUGAUUUAACUCUGUACUUCUCUUUUUAUAUAUAAAAAAUAAAAAUGUUUUGAUUUAGUAAAUUUGUUAAACACUAAAAUAUAUUUAUUUGUAUCUAUUUAAAAACUAUAAUAAUAACAUUAAAAAUUUAUUUGCUAAACAUAAUUUGAUGUAUGAUAAAAUAAUACAAUAUUUUUCUAUUCAUGAAUUAGAAUAUUAAACGAGAUAACUCAAUUAUAUUUUAUUUAUAUAUCUUUAUGAAACAUAUGUCAAAAAGUUAUAUUUUAUGAGAGUGAAUGUAGAAAACAAUUUAUAUUCAUGUAAAAUUAUAAGUUAAUUUAUGUAAUACCUAUAGUAAUAAUAAUUUUUUUUUAAACUAACCUCAAUUAUUAUGUUGAGAUAAAUAAUAAUUAAAUUGAUUGAAAUUAUAGCCCAAUUAACACUAUUGACAUGUAAAUUAAAUUAUUUGCAUUAAUUUAAUGUUACAGUUAUGUGGUUUAGAUAAAUGAAUUAGACAUUCAAUUCAUAUUUUUUGUUUGCUUUAUUUUUACAGGAAUUAUUUCGAGAUUUUGUGAUCGGCAAUCAGGUGCUAAAAAAUGUUUUUCUUAGGAGUUGUUUAAACAAACGUUUCUGUAACAUUUCCUUAUGUUUGCAUGAUGAUUUUUAUUGAAUGUUAUUUAUUAAUAAUUAUUUUUUACUUAAAAAGAUUUAUAUUAUUCCAUACAUUGUAAUAAAUUUAUCUUUGUUAUAAUUUUCUAUUAUAUAGUAUAUCUUAAAAUUUAAUUUGUAAAGCCUAUAAUAUAUUAUUAUAUUGUAGUAAACAAUUUAUGAAUUCCUUAUACUAUAUAAUAUAUAAUUAUCAUUUAAAAAAUUACAUAUUUAAAUAAAUAUUAUUUAUCUUGUUUUAGGAGUUAUAUAUAUAGUUAAAUAUAUUUUUAAACUCAUGUAAAAUUUGAUUGUAUUAAUUUGUUUGUAUUUAUCAUUAACUUUUAUAGUUUAUACAUCAUUAAUUCAUUUAAUAUAAAUUAUAAAAUAAAAUAAAAUUGAGGUCGAAAUAAAAUAAAGAACUUUUUGAUAAUUUAUACACAUUUUUAUUAUGUACAUAAAACUCAUAAUUAAAAAUAAUAAUUUACAAUUUUAAAUACUUGACUUACCAUGCAUGCUUCUCUAAAUAACUAAUAAUUGAAUUUACAAGCUACUAGUUUCUAUGUAUUACGUUUACUUAGUGUUUGGUUUAUCAGUGAAACUUACUAAGUAGAUGUUUUUAAAAUUCCCACUAGGUUCACUGAUUGACCAAUCUACUAAUACUUAACAUAAUAUUAUAAUUUGCUUGUCGGUGAAUGGGUGGCUUUUGGUUUAGGCAAAUACAACAUACCCAUAUUAUAAUAAAUAAUUCUAUUAAUAGUAAUUAUGUAUAUAGAUAAAUAGGUUCAUAAUAUUUUUAUAUUUUAUUAAUUCAUUUAUUUGUAUGUGGAAUUUUAGAGUAGAGCACCCAUAUCAGCUAAAUUAGUUGCCAACAUGUUGUCUGUAGCUGGCGCAGAUCAUAUUAUUACCAUGGAUCUUCACGCUUCUCAAAUACAAGGUUUUUUUGAUAUACCUGUUGAUAAUCUGUUUGCCGAACCAGCUGUGUUAAAAUGGAUCAAAGAGAACAUACCUGAAUGGAGAAAUAGUAUCAUAGUAUCGCCGGAUGCUGGUGGUGCUAAAAGGUAUAAUACUGUUAUAAUAUGCAUUAAUAAAUACUAGAUACUAUGGUCAAAACUUCUAUUUUUCCAGAGUUACUUCAAUAGCUGACCGGCUAAAUGUUGAGUUUGCUCUUAUUCAUAAAGAAAGAAAGAAGGCUAAUGAAGUAGCAUCGAUGGUACUAGUGGGAGAUGUUAAAGAACGCAUUGCUAUCUUGGUAGAUGAUAUGGCCGACACUUGUGGCACGAUAUGUCAUGCCGCAGAAAAGUAAGAUGUUUGAGAAUAAUUUUAUAAUUUUUAAUAUGUUCAAUUUUUUUUUCUUAGGUUAACUGAAGCAGGUGCUACUAAAGUCUAUGCAAUUUUGACUCAUGGUAUAUUUUCUGGUCCCGCUAUAUCUCGUAUUAAUAAUGCGUGUUUUGAAGCAGUUGUAGUUACUAAUACCAUUCCGCAAGAUGGCCAUAUGAAAGAAUGUCCCAAAAUUCGUGUAAGUAGUUUUUGCAAAUGUGAAUGUUGCCUAUUAGAUUCUGAGUGGAGCGAAGUAGAUUAUCGUUUUACAAAGAUGUUUUUUUUAAAUUUUUUAUAUGUGCACAAUUUUUCUACCAAAAGACUUGUUUUAAUUUCUACGUGUAGCACCUUUUCUGAAAUUUUCAAAUUAAAAUAUCAAUAAUAUAUAGCUGAACCAAUGUUGUGUGAUAACUGAUAAUAAGAAUUACGGAAGGGUAAAUUGAUUAGAAACAAGAAUUUCUAACUAAAUCGGUUUAUUUUUACACUGAACCACAAUCAUUAAUCGAGAUCAGUAAAGCAACCCUGUUAACAUUGGGGUAUUUCUUGAAUUUGUUUAAAAUUUAGACUCUAAAUGAUCUAUUAUUGAUAACAGAGAGGCAAGAAGUGUUUAUAUUUAAAUAUUUCAGUUUAUCUGUUUAUUACUAUGUAUAAAUUAAUUCAAAUUUUAUACUUUUUUGUUAUGAGCAUUCAGAAAAUGGGUUGAAAAAAUUGUAAUUUGAUAAAUCAUAGAAUUUAGAUUUAAUAUAAAAUAUGAUAAAUUACAACUUAUACAUUAUUAUUAUUAUUCUUUAUAAGGGUUUUUUACGACUACUUUAUUUCAUUUUAAAUGUUUAUCCCAUUUAUUUGAAUUUGGCUUCAUAUUAAUCAUAUUGGAACAUCAUGUGCGAUAAUCAUUGUCUCAUAUAAAGAACAAUAUAUUAUCUAUAUUUUGCAUGUAUUUUUUUUAUAGUGUAUAGAUGUAUCAAUGAUGUUUGCUGAGGCAGUUCGGCGGACACACAAUGGCGAAUCAGUUUCAUAUUUAUUCUCAAAUGUGCCUUAUUAAUUUAAUAUGCACCAACAGUGAAAUCAUAUUGUUUCUUUGCUAUAAAAAUGUUUAUUUAUAAAUUCUUAUAGAUUUUAAUCUUAAUAUGCUCAACAAAAUAUUGUAAAAUUAAUCAGUUUAAUAAUAAAUGUUAAAUUUUUUAAACUGACAAAAUCUGUUAAAAAUUAAACAAUAUUAUAACCGUUAUAUGUAUAUAUUUUUUUAAUUUUGUCAGUAAUAUAAUGCUGACUAUAUAUUGUAGUUUAUCCUUGCAUGUAUUUCUUAUAUUAGUUUUGUCAUUGGUUAAUCUAUUUAACCUUUAAAUAAUUUCCGCUGUAAUAAUUUAAUACUUAACAAGACUGGUAUAUAAACAAUAUAGUAUAAUUAUUCCAUUUCAAUUGUUUCUUCCUAAAACAUUAUGCUAUUUAAUUUACAAUUUAAAAAAAAAAAUUCACAGCCUUCCCCCUUAAUUUAGAAAGUGUUAUUAUGUUGAUCUUAAUUUGUAUUAUGAAUCCUGGUUUUCACAUGUAAUAUAAUAGUUCAUUCUAUAUUUUGUUAUAAUUUUUUUAAAAGCUUUAAUAAUAAAAAAAUAAUUAUAAUUAUAUGUCAAAUAUAUAUAUAUACCUUUGGUUUCAUUUAUUAGUAAUAUAAUUUUG